AUGGGAAAGUCUGGACGCAAGAAGAAGUUCGCCGCCCGCUGGGCGCAGAGCGCUUACCUCAAGGCGAGGAAAGAGCGGGAACGCGCGCCACCUACCGACGGGCUUGGUCAAGCAGAGGGAGGUCAGCAGACAGUUACAGCGGAUCUGCCAUGCCAGACUCCUAGCGACCAAACCGCACACUCACGAGGAGACAGCAGGCCUGUCUAUGAGGACACGACCUGUGACGUCAGCAAUAGACGUCAAGUGGACGACCUGAAUGAUCUGUCGUCUAACGAUGGGGACACAGAGAGUGGAUCAGACAGCUCCAUUGGAGGGGACGUCGAGAAGUUUCCGUCCCAGGCUACAUCACCAGAAGAGAGGGAGAAUCAUCCUCAGACCACGCCAUCGCCCUCUGUACCUUCUGCGGAGCCUCGAGGGGACGUCGAGAAGUUUCCGUCCCAGGACACAUCACCAGAAGAGAGGAAGGAUCGUCCUCAGACCACGCCACUUCCCUCUGUGCCUUCUAUGGAGCCUCCAAGCUCCUUCAUAGAAGAGGGUAACGGCGACAGGAUCGUCUUGAGGUUGCGCCGCAAGUCGUCUUCAACCGACGAGGGGGAAGAGCGCGCCUGCCCGGUCGGUUUUGAGAGGAACGACGAGUACGAGGUCGUCACCGACACAGACAGCAGCUCCGAAACUCGCAGAUCCAAGCACAGAGAGGAGCCAGGAAGGCGUCGCAGGGCACGGCAGAGCCCAAGUCCUAAGCGGACAGUGCUUCGCACAGAUGGUGAGUCCGAUGUGAGCGCAACGGAAGCAGCGCCACAAAGAGCGGACUUGAGCCUAAGUUCUGAGCGGCCAAAGCAGCGCACAGAUAUUGAGUCGGAUGUGAGUGCAACGGAAGCACCAAGAGCGGCCUUGAGCCCGAGUCCUAAGCGGCCAGUGCUACGCACAAAUAUUGAGUCGGAUGUGAGCGCAACGGAAGCAACGACGUCACGAGUGGACUUGACCCCAAGUCCUGAGCGCUUAACGCUACGCAAAGAGAGUAUAUAUUAUAAGUCGGCUGGCACAACAGAGACAGCGGCACCGAGAGGGGACUCGCCACCACCCACCCAACAGCGACAAUGUGCGCAGAGAAAGACACACAAAGGAGCAAACUCUCCCUUGACGAAACGCGAAGCUCGCAGACGCAGGGCUAGAGGGAAAGCGCCGGUGAACCCGGAAACUCCCUGGCAUACCGGUGCCAAGUACACCACGUGGAGCUGGAAGACUUCAGACGAAUCUGAUGCGUCCCAUAGUGAGGGUUCAUGGAGCAACAGCGGCUACGAAACCCCAGGCCACAAGUGGGAGAGACCUGCUCGAUCACUCAUCUACGUUGGCGACGGGAUUUGGAGCACCAUUUCGUAUGGAAAAACAAUCGCAGAACUCUGCAAGUCGCCACCACCGUCCCCACCCACACCUCCAAUACCGGCAUUCAUCAGGCCAUUCUUGCUGGGCAAAGCAGCACCCCCGAAAUCGCCUCCGCCGACCAGCCCGAGGUCUCCCCGCCAUCCAAACUAUCCGCUGCGCCACGGCGCUAGUGGCAGGUCCAAGCCGAUGUCGUUCUACACAAGCAACAAGCCCGCUCCUGUGGUAGGCUUGGCGGGAUCAGAGGGAGGGCCGCUGCCGUCCACAUCAGAGUACCCGGACUGGCGGAUCUCUAAGUUCGAGGGCUUCUCGACAGACUCUGAAGAAGAACAGACCAAAGAAGAAAAACCCAAGAGACGUGAAAGCAAGGUAUACAAAAUCAGACGAAAGAGGAAGCCAAAGAAGAGGUUAGCGAAGGGAGUAAAAGCACCGAAGUACAUCUUCGAAAAGCGCGUAAACAUUGGGAAGGGGCAUGGUAUCCGAUACUUGGCGCCACCUUCGCCCGAUCCAAACGCUAAGGACCAACCGGAGCUUAAGACGACCAGCCCAGUGUAUCAUAUAUGGACCCCGCCACACACCACAUCCCUCAGAAGCACUGCUCUAGAUUUGGGAGAUUUCAACGAGGAUGCACCUGCAGGGGUAGGCACUCCACCGAAAAGCACCAUCAGCAAUCUUAGCCAAACUGGCCAGGGGGAUGACAAAAGAGCACCUGCUGCCACGACAUUGUCUCCAUGUGACUUGGAGAAAGCCGAGGUUACGCGUCCUGAAGAAGCAUCUCCACUGCACCACACCUCCAUGCCUUCUACUGUAUUGCCUAAAGCCGCAUCACCAGUACCGAUUGACAUCUCUGCAAACGUGGUUGUAUACGGCACCCUCAGCAGUCCUAGCCACACUGGACAAGGGGACGAUAGAAGAGGGCAAACAGUCAAGGCACAGUCUCCAUGUGUCACUGACAAAACCCAUCGUCCUGAAGAAGGAUCUACACGGCACCACACUUCCUUGCUUUCUGCUGCAUCACCUGACAUCGCAUCGCCCAAGCGGGUUGACGUCUCUUCAAAAGUCGUUGCAUACGGUCCUCUUCCGCAAGCUAUCGACGCAUGUGAUACGCAAGCAGCUUGGGAUACGGGAAGCAAGACACCGUCAACUAAGGGAACGCCGAUGCCCGACCCGUGGUCGGAAACGUCCUCCAGUGAAGCAACAGACGCUCUCGCCCGCUGGUACAAGAAGUACCUCAGUCAGAGAGAGCCUGUACCAAAUCCGGCAGUCAAAGUGGUAAGCCCGACUGACUUUAGUGACUUUUUGGCAGGUUUGAGCAGCAAUCAGCACUCUGACGGAAACAGCAAAAGCAGUCAGCCGCUCUCAAGCCAAGUCCAACUUCCAUUCAAACAGUUGGCAUCUGCAAACAACAGCGACAACGAUGCCUCCACAAGUUCUUCGGAGGGAAGCCGUACGUGUGACAGCAGCAGCAGCUCAGGCCAUGACAGCCACAAGUAUCAAAGGAAACGCAAGCACGCAAGCGAAGGAUCUUUCCCCUUCAACCACGACUCUUCAAGUAGUGAUGAGAAAAGCAGAGGCAACACGACAACAAGCUUCGAUAGUUGCUCCUCUUCCGCCGGAAGCUACAAGAGAAGACGCCAUGACGACACAUCGGGACUCAGUCUGGCGGCGUCUGCCUUCGUCACAUCCAACAGUGACAGCAACACGGCAUCGUCUAGCAGAUCUGAAGGAUCGUCUCUCAGCAAAGGAAGUUGUCACAACAGUAACAGCAAUAGGGCAAGCUGUUGCGGUAGUGCGACUAGCAGGGGACUAAAGAGGAAAGCAGACGACUCAAACUCGCCGAACCCAAAGAGAUCCCGAACAGAGGACAGUAAGAGUGUCAGUGGUGGAAGUACAUCUGACGAUGGUGACAGCAGCUCAUUGAGCGAAAGCAGAAGCAGCCAUAGCAAGGGUAGCGGAAACAACAGCAGGUCCUGGAGCUUUCUCAGCAGAGCCAAGGGCGACAGAGACAACAAGGACAGCCACAGCAACAGCAGCAACAGCAAGAACAGCCGCAGCAGAAGAAGCUACAACGAGAACAGUAACAGCAGGUACAGCAACAGCCAAAACAUCAGCAACUACUCAGACGGAAACACAGAUGACGACACAAACACCUUCAGGUCAGCGUUUGGCUGA